AGUUAGCCGAAGACAGCGACUAGAGAGAUUUGGUCUAUUGAGAUUUUGGUAUAUAUAAUCUAAGAUGUUUUGCAUUUUGGUCUGUUUGAUCUGCCUGACGAUUGCUCCAAGAUACAGUGGAGCCUUUCCACCACCAUCUACMAGMAACGAUGCUUGCAGUGAUCAUGCUCUCAUACCACCGCUAAGAAAAGAGUGUGCACCUGAUAGCAUCUCCAAACAAGCAUGCCAGGCAUUAAAUUGCUGCUAUAUGACAAGGACAUUGCCGAAAAUUCCACGAUGCUACAAAAAGGCGACGUCGACAACAUCAAUUAAACCAAACCAAGGAGCCUUUCCACCACCAUCUACMAGMAACGAUGCUUGCAGYGAUCAUGCUCUCAUACCACCGCUAAGAAAAGAGUGUGCACCUGAUAGCAUCUCCAWRCAAGCAUGCCAGGCAUUAAAUUGCUGCUAUAUGACAAGGACAUUGCCGAAAAUUCCACGAUGCUACAAAAAGGCGACGUCGACAACAUCAAYUAAACCAAACCAAGGAGGCUCCUGUGAUGUUUUCCCCCCACCAAGUCGAAGGAGGUGCAAAGAUGAUUCUUUACCAAAGCAUAUUUGUGAGAACGCUGGCUGCUGUUAUGACGAUAGCUUACCUGGUUUGCCAAAAUGCUAUUAUAAAGCAUAGUUUGCUUCUUCAAUGAUGUGCUGACUAUAGUAGAAUGGGAAUUGCUCAACAAAUGAAGAGACUGAUUAAUAGUUGUAGGAAAAAGGAAGCAUCAAAAAUAAAAAACUUGAAGCAAAAAAAAUAUUUUUAGCGUGAGGAACUUAAUAUUGACUUUAUAAAUGUCUAUUGAUACUCCCUAGAGGUUUCGUAUACGGUAAUUGAUCGAUCCCGAAUMAUUGUCUACCUCCCUAGUUACUACUGUCCAACGUCGGAUAAGCGAAAAUAUUUCUUUUGAUAUAGA